GGUCAUAGAUGUCCCGUCAGCCAACACUGCGCGGCACAAGUUGAAAACAGUAUCUACCUAUAUUUUCAGAACAAAAAAGAAGCAGAAAAAUAAAGAUAGUUUAUACCUUUAUAUCUUUAUACGAACUAUCUUUGCGGACUAGUAAAGGCAUCGCCUCAGAGAAAACUGACAUAACGUUAACUGGAUAGUUUGUAGUUAGGAAAUUUCGUUUACCAUCUGUAGCCUAUAUUUUACCGAAAGUUAUACUGUGGUAGCAAGUUAAGUUUAGUUCAAUUAGUUACAGCUUUAAUCAACCUGAACUCAAACGGAAAUACGAGCUGUGACACAUUGACUUGCCACACUGAGGACAACAGGACGAUUAUGUCGGUCAAGAAGAGCAACGCCGAUAAAGUUCGUGCAUCACGCCUGGAGAACUCCAAUGUCUGCGGCCAGCCCCGAAGCCCGAGGGGGGUUGUGUUAGGCACGAUUCCGACAGGCAGACAGCUGCCUCGUACUCCCGUGAAGAGAACCUCACUCGGAGAAAAGAAAAAUGAGAUCGAAACUAGGGAUAUUCUGGCGAGUAAGCAUGGGAUAAAUGACGAGAAUACUCCGUAUUCAGGCUGCUUUCCCAUAGAGGUUAGGGACAAUCCAGUGAAAGAUGGAUUCGGUAAAGGCGUAGUUCCUGAACACAGGGAAACGGAUGAAGGACUCCAGAGAAAGUUCGUUCGGAGACCAAGCACCAUCUCUGUUACAACAAAACAGCCUGAGGAAAUGAGUCCAGACUGCUUCGUUAAGACAAUGGUGGGAUAUCAGUGGACGCAGGAAGACCUUGAGUUUGUGGAGAACACCAAAACCAAGAGACUAGUCCAGCAGAUGAAGAACGAGCUGAGUGUCUUGCGGAAGCAGCUGACCGUGGAACAGCAGAAGAGGGGCCACACAUUGGCCAGCAGAGGGAAGCUCCUGGCCAACCACCCAGAGGCCGCUGCCGUAGCUUCGACAGUGCACCUGGCCCGAGACUUCCUCUCUCAGAGGCUUGGGGCAGCGGAAGUGGAGGCCCUGGACCCCAAAUCUCUCCUGGCACAGAUCCAGGGAGCAGAGAUUCAGCAGGAUGUACAUCAGGAGAGGCUGGAAGUAGCAGAACUAGAGAAAAAAUUGACAGCCGCACAGAAACUCAGGAAAUGUCAGGAAAAGCAGAGCAGGGAAGCAGAGCAACAGGAGAAUGAAAUACUCCAGAAACAGGCAAAGGUAGACGGGCUAAAUAACGAACUGGCUGAGCUGAAGUCAAAGUUGUUGCAGGCAGAGAAUGCUUUGCAAGCCACACAGAAACAGAUGGAGGUGCAUAAGGUCCCUGAGCCUACCAAGGAUGAGAGCGAGGUAGACAUGGACAAAGUCCUCCGACGCUCCAGAAGGAUUGCUAAACGGAAGGAUAACUUCCAGGAGAGGGAGGCCAUUUUGAGGAAAAUCCGUUCUGUUACCUGACUCGCUCGUCCUCGAACAUAUAUUUAUUUGUUUGGUGUUUUGUAUCAAUAUGUCUCUUCAGCAUAAAUGUGAAAUAAACUUGGUUUUAUAUUCAGUGUGUGUUGAUAUCAGAUGAAGGAUGCUCUUCUGAGGUAUAAUGACUUUUUAUAUUCUGGUUAUUCGAGUAUGGCUAUUGUGUCUAAUUGAAAUAUAUUACUGAAAUCGUAUUAUAGUAAUGGAGCGUAAUAGUGAAUCAAAUUGUCCUAUAGAGUCUUCUAUAGUGACGUCAAUUAUGUAAAUACUUGGAACAUUGACAUGGUCUAGGUGUUUUGAAGUGUGCAAUAAAGUACUGUGACGGGA